AUGCUACUGCAAAAUAUAGACGAGAUUUCAAUUUUAUGCAACAAGAUAAGGUUAAUAGUUAAUGAACUUGGCAACAACGUAAUUGGAGCGAAGACAGUGACCGAUAGAAAUAUUGGCGACAAAGUGUACGUUUCAAGAAUGAAUUUGAUCUCUCCAGAUUUAGGAUUGUCAUUGAAGUUCCAACAGAGACAAUUUCUAUUAAGAGUGCGUUUUGCAAUGAUCAUCAACAAGAUUAAGAGUCGUAGUGGCCUCAUGGUUCUAAUUCUGGAUAAAGACGACAAUCCAAAGUCAUCAACAACAAAUAUCACUUGA